AUGCAGCAAUUCACGCCUUAUUUCCCUACUACCGGUUAUGGUAACCAACAAGACCCUCAACAGCAGCAGCAACAACAACAACCAACACCACAACAGCAAGCUGCUCAACCUCAAGGUCAAGACCCUCAACAGCAACAACCACAGCAACAAACCCCUCAGCCUGGUCAAGCACAACCUCAACAACCUCUGUCCAUGAACGGUCCUAACCUUGCUAUUUACAGCCCUGCUGCUAUGCAACCCUUAUCAGUUUUAGCCACUCCACAUGUCAAACCAGAUCCUCAACAGCCACAACAACCUGCUAUGCCUGGCGCUCCAGGUGUUGAUUUGGGUGCUCAUGGUAAACCAAAGAGAAAGCAAGUUAAGAAUGCAUGUGUCAAUUGUCAAAAGGCUUGUAAGAAGUGUGAUGAAGGAAGACCUUGUCAAAGAUGUAUCAAGUAUGGAUUAAUGGAUACCUGUGUUAAUUCUGUUCGUAAAGAACGUAAGAAGGGCAUCAAGCGUGGGCCUUAUAAGAAGAGAAAUAAGAAUGUCAAUUCUGAAAGUGCUACCACUUCUGGUACAACCACACCAAAUGCUUUAGCUUCUCCUAUGGCCAAUGCUGCUAUGUACAGUCAGAACACCAAUGUGGAUGCCAACGCAAUGCCUAUCCAUUAUCAACCUUUUACUACUACACAAGCAUCCAACAAUCCUUAUGCCUAUGCUUAUAGUAAUCAAAUGAUGUCAGGUGCUUAUAUGGUUCCAGCCGCUAUUCAACAAAUGUAUCCCAGUAAUCCUCCUGUGAUGCCUUUCUCAGCUGCUAUGAACAUUAUCAAUCCUCAACAACAAGCACAACAACAACAACAGCAGCAGCAGCAGCAACAGCAGCCACAACAACAGGAUCAAUCUCCUGUUAUCAAUAAUGGAUAUAGACCACGAGAUCAGCAACAAUUGGGAGCUACUGCAUCGGCCGAUGGUAUGAAUCAAAAUAACGGUAGUGCAGUUGGUACCCCUGCUUCUACUGCCACUGGGGACAUGACUAAAGUUGAAGAUGAGGAUGAGGGGUCCAAGUUGAACUUGUUAUCUCAACUUUGCAGUGCUGUUUUGAAAGAUCGCAAUGAUCUUCCCAAGCAGGAAGAUUUGAACGGGGCUGCUGUUGGUAACAAUACUGCCCCGUCCACUGCUCCUAUGAUGGACAAUACAGCUGCUACGACGCUUAAUAGUUUGCCAGUAGAGAUCAAAACAGAAGAACCUCAUCAAAAUACACCACCUUCUAGCCAUCCUCAUUCACGCGAGCCUUCUCAGCAAGAUAAUACGAAUAGCAGCACCAACGCUAGUAACCUAGUUUUACCUGGUGGUGUUCCUUCCGCGCUCGAAUCAAACAACAAUAGCAACAAUAUGACCACUAACACUACAACUACUGCGACUACAAACAGUACAGUCAGUACUCCUUACGGUACACCUGGAUCUUCACCAGCCGAUUCUCCUUCUCUUAAUAAACCUCAGCAACAACAAAGCUGGAAUAUGGCCAAUGAUCAGGAGCAACAACAGCGACCUAUAACGCAAGAAAACACGACACAACAACAACAAUAA